CUGAGAUGUUGUGCAGCGGUUUGCGUGCUCUCAGAGACUUGUACGAUUCGGUCGAGCAUUUCCUUCAAUCUCCACUCACCCAACAAGCCCUAGCCAGCAAUGGGAGUGAGACAUGGGUGAAUGAGAUGUUGGAUGGUGCUCUUAGAAUAUUGGACAUUUGAGAGACAAUUAGAAAUGUCUUCAAGCUGAUGAAGGAAAAUGCACAGGACCUCUUAUCUGCUCUUCGCCGAAGAAGAGUAGGAGACUCAGGUCUCCGUAACCAAGUUCUUGAUUACAUUUCUUCAAGAAAGAAGAUGAAGAAGGAGAUCGACAAGUGCUUGAAAGAAUUGAAAAGGGUGGAAAGCAAAUUCGUAUUCUCACCUCUCUCCGACAAGGAUCAAUGCCUUGUUGUGAUGAUAGGGGUGCUCAGACAAGUAAGGUCCAUCACCAUCUCCAUCUUCGAAUCCCUCUCCUCCUUCAUUUCAUUAUCAAAGCCGAUGACAAAGUCAAUCGGGCUGUCAUUGAUUCCGAAAUGGAUGGUGGGCGUAGGGCGAGUAGCAUGUGAAGUGGAGAUGGAAAAAAUGACUGAAGUGGAGAAGGUAGAUGCCUAUCUCUGCAGUCUUUAUGCCAACAGAUCAUGCAAAGAUGUCGAGACGGAAUUGAUGAAAAAUGUGCACAAGGGAUUGAAGGCAAUGGAUGUAAGUCUCCAGAGUCUCGAGAAUGAAUUGGAUUGCGUGUUUAGGUGUUUGAUCAAGACCAGAGUCUCCGUUCUCAACAUACUCAAUCACUAGCAGAUCUAAUGAACCUAUCAUAACCCAGUCUCCCUUCCGCAGUGGCAUCUUUAAUUUUUAUGAAAUGCCCACGGAUUUUUAAAUAUAUUUUUUUUAUAUGUAGAUUGCUGUAAAUGAAAAAAGAAUACACGUAGCAUGUUAUACAAAUAUCAAAUCAACAUCCAUGUUCAUCUCAAA